GCGCUGUGUGCCUUCGUCCGCAGCCCGCUGACGCACGCGGCGCUGGUGGCCCUGUGCGGCGUGUGGCUCAUCGUCUUCGGCAGGCUGCAGCCGCCCGGCCGGGAAGGCCCCGAGCCGCAGCGGACCCUCCGUGAGCGGCAGCACCAGAAGCACGAACAUGCCUGCGCCUCGGCCCUCGCGGAGCUCCAGCGCGCCGGCGCCUCCGGGCCCGUGCAGGUGGUGGACGCGGGCGACGGGCUCGGGCUCGGCGUCACGCGCGCCGUCGAGGCUGGCGACGUGCUGCUGGAGGUGCCCGAGGCCCUGGCGCUGGACGUGGACAAGGCGAGGAGCUGCCGGCGCGGCCCGGCGGGGGCCUCCAGCCUGGACUGUCAGAUCGAGCGGGCUGUGGUGCAGGCGGUCUCUCGCAAGGAGGCCUCUCGGCUCACAGGCCUUAUCGCGCUGCUGCUGAUGGAGCGCAGGCGUGGCCUGGGCCUGGUGCCGGGGCUCACGGCUGGCUCGGCGGCGCUCGCGACGCUGCCGGAGCCGGGAUGGCAGGCCGAGAACGGCCUCUUCGCCAUCGACGAGGAAGAGUUGCGCGCGCUGAGCCCCGGCACCUCCAUGGAGGGCUGGCGCGAGGCCGCCGCGAACGAGACGGCCGAGGCGCACGCCUUCAUCCAGGGCACGCUCGCUGCGCAGCUCGGGGAG